AACUGGUUUCGCAGCUCUAAGUAAAACCCUAAUCGGGGGCCUCAGGCGAUGGUAAUUCUCUUUGCGGUACGAUGUAUUUCUUCUAGCUACGUUUUUUUGGGGAAGUGAACUCUGGUCUCUUCCUCACUCCGGUUUGUUUUUUUUCAGUCGAAUUCUCUGGAAGGGAUGGAUUUCCAACGUGUUUUGAAUGACGAGUCCGAUCAAUCCAUUCUUACAAUCAUGAGGGCGAAAGGGGAAAGUUAAAAGCCAGCGAAAGCCGGAAAGGAAGGAUCGGUCGAAACAAUGCUUACUGUUUCUCAGCGAGACGACGAUGGGGAAGACGACUUAGAUCCGACCAAGAUGCUCUUACUAGAAGAGAACGGAGUCAAUGGCGGGAGUUCUUCCCCCGUGCGCGACGGAGCACCGGAGCAUCAGCUGCACCAGCAGCACUACAUCCGCUCGAUCGAGUCAACGGUCGUGAUUCGCCAGCUCCCGUCGCAGGGCCUCUCCUUCCAGCUAUGGCCGGCGGCAACCACGCUCGUCACGCUGCUCGAUAACCACCGCCGUGACCCUAGCCAAAGCCCUCUCACCGAAACGCUCAAGGCGUUGUCCUCCAACGGUGCAGAAUCUUCCACGUUGAACAUCCUCGAGCUCGGAUCUGGCACCGGAAUCGUCGGAAUCGCGGCGGCCGCCACGCUUUCUGCUGAUGUCACGAUGACGGAUCUCCCCCACGUCAUCGAGAGGUGGGUCCAUGUGGCGCCGCUGCGGUGGGGGGAGGCCGGUGACGUGGAGCUAAUUGGCCGGAGAUUUGACCUAAUCCUUGCGUCGGACGUUGUAUACCACGACCAUCUUUACGAUCCUCUGCUCGAAACGCUGCGUUUGUUGCUGCUGGGAAGCGAAAAGAGAAUGUUGGUGAUGGCUCACCUCAGGAGAUGGAAGAAGGAGUCCGUCUUCUUCAAGAAAGCUCGGAAGCUCUUCGAUGUCGACGUUAUACACUCCGACGACCCUCUCGAGGGUUCCCGAAUUGGCGUUGUAGUUUACCGGUUCGCCCGGAAACGCCGGAAACAGAACUCCGGUUUAUGAAAACACUUCCCCUGAGGCUUUUUUUUUUUUUUGCAGUUUUUC